UGACAUGUGCGCUGCAUCGACACGGCGGCAGCGGCAUCGGGCCGAGUGACUCGCGUUGGUGUGAACGCACGCGCGGGCAGCGGCGUGUUUUGUUGACGCAGGAACAGCAACUUGCACCAAUGGCCGGAUACUAACAAGAGAUUAACACCACAACACCAGCUCCAGGACAGUCGCCGGCAACGAGCCAACACCGCAGGAUAGCAACCUUCGGCCACGCUCGUGCGAGCGGCACGUCGCCCGGCAUGGAGAACUACCAGAAGAUGGAGAAGAUUGGUGAAGGGACGUACGGCGUUGUCUACAAAGCCAAAGAUCUUACCACCCCGGACCACCGCAUCGUCGCCCUCAAGAAGAUUCGGCUCGAAGCUGAAGAUGAAGGCGUCCCUUCCACCGCCAUCCGCGAAAUCAGCUUGCUCAAAGAGAUGAACGACCCCAACAUCGUCCGCUUACUCAACAUCGUGCACGCCGACGGUCACAAGCUGUAUCUCGUCUUCGAGUACCUCGACCUCGACCUGAAGAAGUACAUGGAAGCUCUUCCCGUUUCCGAAGGCGGUCGCGGCAAGCCGUUACCCGAAGGUGUCAUGGCUACGCGUGCGGGACACAUGGGCCUCGGUCCGGAAAUGGUCAAGAAGUUCACGCACCAGCUCCUCUCCGGCACGCGCUACUGCCACGCCCACCGCAUCCUGCACCGCGAUCUCAAGCCCCAGAACCUUCUCAUCUCCUCCUCCGGCGACUUGAAACUAGCCGAUUUCGGCCUGGCACGAGCAUUCGGCGUGCCGCUACGGACAUACACCCACGAAGUCGUCACGCUCUGGUACCGCAGCCCGGAGAUUCUGCUCGGUGGUCGGCAAUACAGCACAGGGGUAGACAUGUGGAGCAUCGGGUGUAUCUUCGCAGAAAUGGCCACGCGCAAGCCGCUCUUCCCUGGCGACUCGGAAAUCGACGAGAUCUUCAAGAUCUUCCGCAUUCUGGGCACACCGACAGAGACUGAAUGGCCCGGCGUAACGAGCCUGCCGGACUUUAAGAGCAGCUUUCCCAAAUGGGAGAGGAAAGCCGGGGAGGAGGUGAUAAGUCCGGAUGGCUGCAAGUUGCUUGGUGACGAAGGCUUGGAUUUGCUUGAGUUAUUGCUGGUCUACGACCCAGCCGGGCGCAUUUCGGCAAAGCAGUCGGUGCAGCAUGCAUAUUUCUUAGAUGGGAAGUUCAACAGUGGGAGGGUGAACGGUUUCCAUUGAGCCGUGUGCAAAUGCGACGAAUUAGGCAGAGGAAGGGUAUGCGAUCAUGAUGCGACGAUAGAGGGUAAGCUUCUCCAGAACUGUGUCUCUUUUGUUGGACAGGGCUGGCAGUAGCCGAGCAUGGAGCGUGGUACGGGCGUUGGGC